GGCAGUGGGGGACAGGAGAUUUGGGUGGUGACAGAGCCUAAGACAAAGAGGCCUUAAAAGGCCAUGGUAAAGCAGACAUUUAUUUUAUGUCUAUCCUAAAGUGCGAUUAAAAAGUUUAUUGCAGGGAAGUGACAAGAUUACAUUUGGAGAAGCUGGAAUGAAGUUUCCGUGGAUUAACAAGCCCUGGAUAAGGACAGGAUCUCUGAGGAGAAACUCUAAGGUAUGAUUUGUACAUUUGGAGUCUCAGGACGGUGGAAAUUAGCCAGUGGAUUGCAGCCAUGUUGUGGAAGUUGCUGAUGAGAUCCCAGCCCUGCAGACUCUGUUCUUUCCGGAAAAUGCUAUCAGCUCCAAAAUACAGACCUUUUCUAGCAUCCUUCACCUGUACAACUGAUAGUCAGUCAAAGAAAGAAAAUAAAAAGACAGUAGAAAAGCUCUUUAAAUUGUCAGUUGACAUCAGGAAAAUUCGAAGAUUAAAAGGCUGGGUACUUCUGGAGGAUGAAACCUAUGUUGAAGAAAUUGCAAAUAUUUUACAACAGCUGGGUGCCAAUGAGACUGCUGUAGCCAGUAUCUUGGAACGCUGCCCAGAAGCAAUUAUCUGCAGUCCAACUGCUGUUAACACUCAAAGAGAACUCUGGCAGUUGGUCUGUAAAAACGAGGAAGAGUUAGUCAAGUUAAUAGAACAGUUUCCAGAAUCUUUCUUUACUGUUAAAGACCAGGAAAACCGGAAGCUAAAUAUUCAGUUCUUUCAAGAGUUGGGGCUUAAAAAUGUGGUCAUUAGCAGAUUUUUGACAACUGCAACUAAUAUUUUUCAUAAUCCUAUGGAGAAGAAUAAACAAAUGAUAAAGAUUCUCCAAGAGAGUUAUCUAAAUUUAGGUGGCUCCGAGGCCAACAUGAAAGUUUGGCUUCUAAAACUGUUAAGCCAAAAUCCAUUUAUUUUGUUAAACUCUUCUGCAGCUAUAAAGGAAACACUAGAAUUUUUCCAGGAGCAGGAUUUCACAAACUUUGAAAUUCUCCAGCUUCUCUCCAAACUCAAAGGAUUUCUUUUUCAGCUUUGCCCAAGAAGUAUACAGAACAGUAUGUCUUUCUCUAAAAAUGCUUUUAAAUGUACUGAUCAUGACCUGAAGCAAUUGGUUUUGAAAUGUCCUGCCCUUUUGUAUUACUCUGUUCCAGUUUUGGAGGAGAGAAUUCAGGGAUUAUUGAAAGAAGGAAUUUCCAUAGCUCAGAUAAGAGAGACACCAAUGGUUCUUGAAUUAACACCACAAAUAGUACAAUACAGGAUAAAGAAACUGAAUUCCUUAGGCUAUGGAAUAAAGGAUGGACAUCUAGCAAAUCUAAAUGGAACAAAAAAAGAAUUUGAGGCUAACUUUGGUAAAAUUCAGGCCAAAAAAAGAAGGCCAUUAUUUAACCCUGUGGCACCAUUAAAUGUUGAAGAGUAA